AUGACGGAUAACUUAAUUGGAUAUGUUCAUAAGGAUUUGCAUAGUGGAAAUAUCUUGCUGCAAGAUAAAGUUAAUGCAUAUAUUACAGAUUUUGGAUUAGCAGGACCAGCAAAUAAACAAAUUUCGGAUAUUAAAAUUUAUGGAGUAUUACCUUAUAUCGCUCCAGAAGUCUUGAAUAAAGAAGUAUAUACUAAAGCUUCAGACAUCUACAGUUUUGGUGCAAUUAUGGCAGAAUUAUCAGCUGGAAGACCUCCAUUUUAUGAUAAAAAAUUAGACAUGACUUUAGCUUUAGAUAUUUGUAAUGGACUUCGUCCAGAAUUUGGAAAAGGAACUCCUGAAUUUUAUAAAAAAAUAGCUUAUAGAUUUGUAAACAAAGCUCGUGAAAAUCCUAUAGAAAAUACUCCUAAAGAUUAUGAAAAACUUUAUACAAAAUGUUGGAAUCAAGAACCCGAGCAAAGGCCAACUAUCGAAGAAGUCUUAUCAGAUUUUUCAAGAAUGGGCUACAAAAUGAAUGCUGAAAAAGAAUUAGAUAUAAAUCUAAAGACCAUGGAAUGUAACGAUGAUGAGUCUCAAAUUAAAUUGGAAAAAAAUGAUGGAAAGGAAUUAGACACUCUCAAUGAUAAAAUAUUGGAAAUUAAAAAUCUGAUAGAAAAUGAGGGGAUUUCUUUGUUGCAAGAGGAGUAUUCGGGAUUAUCCAAAGAAGUAGUUUAUCCGCAUACAGAUGGAACCCUUCUUAGUGGAAUAAUUUCAACAUUGCAGGGAAGCAUAAAAACAAGUUCCCCUAAAAUGAUUUUAUUUCAAGAUGUUGAGAGUGAUAUGGAAGGAGGUGAACUUAUACUUGUUGAUAGCAAGAAGGUAUUGAAUUCAAUAUUGAUAGAGAGACCGGGAUUAGCAGAGAUUUUAAUGAAACCUGGAUGUAUUUCUUUUUGUCAAGCUGAACAAUCCUCUUUGAAUUUUCCUGUUUAUGAGCGAAGGCCAGAUGAUAGCAAUAAAAUUUCUUCAUCACAACUACCAUACCAUAUGAAUCCAGAUUUUCAAAUUAAGAUCGCUCUUAAAAAGAACCAAAUCCUUAUAUUAGAUAACUAUAGAGUUUUACAUGGUAGCAAUGAGUUUGAUGAUAAUCCUAUGAUGUUCAGAAAUUUAGUGGAUAAGUUGAAGGAUCAAUCUAUUUAUCACGCUACAAUCGAUUCCAACAGUAAAGGCAGUCAUAUAAGCACAGGCAUUAUACUCGAUCAAAAUAUUAUAGAAGUCGAGAAAAAGUAUCUAGAGCUAAAAUACGAGUUUAAUUUCAUUUAUAAUCUAGUAUUUAAAGAUAACACUCCAGUUGCAAUAUUAUAUCAAGCAUUGCAACCUCCAUUAAUUGAAGGAAUACGGAAGACAAUGAAACCUAGAGGAUAUAGCGAUAGCGGAGCAGAUAUUGCCUUCUCAUUAAAAUAUAAUGGCAUCCCGAUUGUCAUCCCAGUCGAUAAUCCAUAUCCUUCGCGUGACAUUGACUGGGUUUUUCCUGAUACAGAAGAAGGGAUAAGCAUUGCUAUUGCAAAGGGAGCAAAGACAAUUUGGGCGAAUACUGUAUUAUUUGAUGAACAUCCUCUGAAUCUUAUAAAUGAUGAUGUUAAAGUUAUAGGUCAACACCCCAAGGCAGCGCAAAGGUAUGAUAAUAAGUGGGUAACGAAUGAGUUGAUUCGGAGUCAUGCAUUUCCCGUUCCUUAUUCAAUUCUCAUUGGACAUACAAGCCAUAAUGGUGUUUAUGGGUUAAAUGAUCUGACCUUGGAGGUUUCACAUAAGGUGAAGAUCACUUUCCCCGCUAUCAUUAAACCGAUACGUGGGCGAGGAAGCCAAGGAGUUAAAAAGGUAAAUUCUAUGAAGCAACUCAGAACGCAUGCAGAGAUGAUUCUUUCCACUGGAACUGUGAUCGAUGAACAGUUUCAUUCAGAGUUUGGAAAUUUGUUGAUAUUGGAACAAUAUUUGGAAGGAGAGGAGAUAACGGUUGUCAUCAUGCCACCUGGUACAUAUAACAUUAAUUAUAAAAGUACUAAAUUUGAUAAUCAUUGGCAUCUACCACCAGUAAAACGGUUUGAUCAUCAAGAUGGUAUAGCUCCUUACAGUGGAGUCGUUGCCGUGAUGAAAAAUAGUGAAUUACUGAGCAAUGCGGAAUUACAAGAUCCUCUUUAUCAAAAGGUCACGCAAGAAUGUGAAAGAGCUGGGCAAAUCAUAAAAUCAUUAGCACCAAUUCGAAUAGAUUGCCUCAGGAUAUCACAAGGAGGACAAUUUUUUUUGUUUGACUUAAAUAUGAAGCCCAAUAUGACGGGACCGGAACGGCCAGGUCGAAAUGAUCAAGACAGCUUAGUUAGCAUGUCUGCACGUGGUAUUGGAUGA